GGAAUUACUUCACCAUUAGCUGGAUGUACGCUGCGAAGUCAGCCAAAUUCUGGAAAAACAAUCGGGGACGUACUUCCGAGUAUUCGAACAAAAUCUCGGACACGAGAUAUCUGGUCAAAGCCGCAUCAACGAAUAGGAAACAAUGCUCAAGUAAGCUCGUUGCACCAAGAGCUGGUACGUCGGGAUUCAGAGCCCCAGAAGUUUUGAUCCGAUGCCCUCAUCAAACCACGGCUGUGGAUGUUUGGUCAGCCGGUGUUAUGUUUCUUUCGCUACUGACAGGUCGAUACCCAUUCUUCAAACCGUCCGAUGAUAUGGAAUCUCUAGCACAAAUGAUAGCAGUGUUUGGUUCAGAAAAAAUUAAGAAAAUUGCUCGCUGUUGUGGUAAAAAACUGACAUCACCUUUUUUCUGUUCUGGUCAUAAUUUGAAGAAUGUUGUGGAAACAUUUCGAAUAAUUUCAGAGGAGAAAAAAGAGGAUUUCAUCAAACCUGCGUCUACAAUCCAACACUCAGCAUCAUCGAACAGUCCUAGUACCUUCACAAAGAAUAAAACACAGAAAUUGGCAUCACACGUCUACGUUCCCCCUUACCCCUUGGAAACCAUCCCGGCCUCUGCUUACGAUUUGCUGAAUAAAUUAUUGGACGUCAAUCCUCUCACUAGGUUGUCUGCGAAAGAAGCGCUCAACCAUGAGUUUUUUUCUUAAAGUUAAUGCGGAAUAUUUAUUUAUGUGAACUAAGAUCCACACAUCUGAAACAAAUACCUGGCUACUUAACUCAUACCUGACAUGAGUAACAGGACGAGAGGCCGUGGUUCCCCAUAAUAUGGUUAACCCGCUUUAUCGCUUUCCUCUCCCCUGAUGCAUAUGUUAAUCCUGUGAACCCUAUUAUGCGAGUUGCAACUAUUAUUAUUUAUUUUAUAGCAAUGCUUUCCUACUUUGUUUAAUACAUUCCCUUUUUGUGUAUUUUUAAACUCUCCAUUCCCUCCCCACUACGCAUAAAAGACUCCCAGUUAGUUUCUGGAAGUUAAUGAGAAGUUUUAUAUGGUUCCAUUACUUUUGAACCCAUGACAAUUGCACCUAUGGAAC